CACCGAACUCUUUUGUCUCUGCACAUGUAAAUCCUACUUUAUGUCUCUCUCUCUCUCUCUCUCUCUCUCUCUCUUAUAUAUAUAUAUAUAUAUAUCGGUCCUGAAAGCCUGUGAAUGAUACUUUGAACGACCACUGAUAAAGCCAAUAGUCUAUAAAGAACAAGUAAAGAAGAGAACGAUGCAGAGGAGGAAGAAGAUGAAGAUGAAGCUGACUCUGAGCUUCGCCUUCUUCUGAUUAAUUCAUGGCCACUUCUCAGCAUCGCUGCGUUUUUGUUGGGAAUAUACCCUAUGAUGCCACUGAAGAGCAGCUAAUACAAAUCUGCGAGGAGGUUGGCCCUGUUGUGUCUUUCAGAUUAGUUAUUGAUAGAGAAACUGGAAAACCAAAAGGUUAUGGAUUCUGUGAAUAUAAGGAUGAAGAGACUGCUUUAAGUGCUCGCCGUAAUCUUCAGGGGUAUGAGAUCAAUGGCCGGCAAUUGCGAGUUGAUUUUGCUGAAAAUGAUAAAAACACUGACAGAAAUCGGGAACAGGGUCGUGGUGGACCUGGGAUGGUUGCAAAUGUUGACCCUCAAAAGCAAUUUGGUGGUCCAACAGUUACUGGGGAUUCUGGUUCCCACCAGCCGAUUGGUCUCCAAGUAGCUAUGGCUGCUGCAUCUGUCAUGGCAGGAGUGCUUGGAGGUGCUCAGGGUAGAAGGGAAAUGAAUCAAAAUGGCUUGCAAGGUCAACCAGCAUUGUAUAGUGAUCCUUUAACUCUUCAUCUGGCCAAAAUGUCAAGGAACCAGCUAAACGAGGUUAUGUUUGAGCUGAAGGUAAUGGCUAUGCAAAACAAGGAACAAGCUCGUCAGCUAUUGCUUGCAAACCCACAGUUGGCAAAAGCUGUUUUUGAGGCACAGAUAAUGCUAGAAAUGGUUACCCCACAAAUGUUGCAGAUGCCAAAUAUUCAGCAGGCUUCAGGACAGCCUUUGUCACAAGAUGGGCAACAAGGUCAGCAGCCAGUAGUUCAAACUCUUCCUGGGUUGCCCCCUCUUGCACAGAACAAGAUGCAGUUUGGUUUGAUGCCCAGAGUACAAGAAGGUCAAAUAUCUUCUCUGCAUCCAAAUUCUUUGGCUCACAACCAAUAUUCUGCUCUCCCACAACUUCCUACACAUCCUCAAGUUAAGCUUCCACAGCUACCCCAGAACCAAGUUCUGCAACAAGGCUCAUUGCCAGGCCACUCUGGAAUUUCAAUACUUCCAUCCAUAUGCCCACUGCCUUUGGGCAAUGCAUCUUCUAGACCACACAUUCCGGUGGCGGCUUCAUCUUUUGCGAAGCGGCAAAUGCAAUCACCUUUGAUACCACACCAAGGACAGGCCACAGCUGCUAAUUUAGGACAUAACAGUCAGCUGUUUGCUCCAAAUGCAACUCUUCAACCUUCCCUUUUGACUCGUCCUCUGCUAUCAAAUCAGAACUUCCAGCCUGGCACCUCAAUAUUAUCGGGUAUUCCUGAUAUGAUAAAUAAGGAUGCUGAUAGACCUGCUCAAGUUACCAAUGCAUCAACUUGGGUCCCAAGAGUUGAGAACUGUUCAAGCUUGCCUUCUAUACCAUCUAUGGUUGAUACUUCAGAUCCAAUGAGUGGGCCUUCAAAGCUAAUGAAAUUGGAUGAAGGAAGGAGUAAGUUGGUGGGGGGUGUAAAUGUGUUGACAGCUCUAUCUGGACCAUCCCAAGUUUCUGGUGAUGCCUUGUUUGGAAACCAAAUUCACAAAGUGGAAGAAGCUAUAAACCCCGAGAAGCAAGUUCCUCAGUUGCAGCUUCCUCCCGAUGUGGAAUCUGCCUUACUGCAGCAGGUGCUGAAUCUCACACCAGAGCAGUUGAGUUCACUGCCGCCAGAUCAGCAACAACAAGUCCUUCAACUCCAACAGAUUCUUCGGUGAGUUCAGUUCUAUCCAACCCAUUUGACAACGCAACAUGUGAACAUGCCCCCAGUGAAGCCAUUAUAAUCAGCCCGGGCUAGUUUGUUCUUCUUUUAAAGUUCCUGGGAUAGAGAACCAGUCAUUACUUCCAAUUAAUUUCAAAUAGUUGUAAAAUUAUUUAUUUACGGAAGAUCAAGUUGAGGAUCCUUAGACGCACAAGGAGUUAUUUAUUUUCAUGUAACAGUUACAAGCUUGUGAUUAGCAAGUGUGAAUCCAAUGGUAAGAGAAAGUGAAAAAUUUUGGUGUAUUUUC